GCGCCCCGCUGUCCUGCCGUCCGCAGAGCCGGUCCGCGUCGCCGCGGCUCGCGGGGUCCGGCCAUGCGCCCCCGCGCCGCCCCCCGCGCCCCCGCCGCCUUGCUCGGGCUCUGCGGCCUCCUCCUCCUGCUGCUGCUGCUCGGACCCGGGCGCGCCUGCCCCGCGGGCUGCGCCUGCCCGGACCCGCUCACCGUGGACUGCCGCGGCCGCGGGCUGCCCAGCGUGCCCGACCCCUUCCCGCUGGACGUGCGCAAGCUGCUGGCGGCCGGCAACCGCAUCCAGCGCCUCCCCGAGGACCUCUUCCUGCUCCACGGCGACCUGGUGUACCUGGACCUCGGCAACAACUCGCUGCGCGCGCUGGAGGAGGGCGCGUUCCGCGGCUCGGCCAGGCUGGCCUUCCUGGACCUCAGCCACAACAACCUGAGCCGCCUAGACGCCGGCGCCUUCCGCUCGGCCGCGGGGCUGGUGCGGCUCAGCCUGGCCCACAACCGCCUGCAGGGCGUGCACGAGGCGGCCUUCGAGAGCCUGGAGUCGCUGCAGGUGCUGGAGCUCCACGGCAACGAGCUGCGCGGCCUCAGCGUGGCCGCCCUGGCCGCGCUGCCCGCGCUGCGCUCCCUGCGCCUGGACGGCAACCCCUGGCUCUGCGACUGCGACUUCGCCCACCUCUUCGCCUGGAUCCAGGAGAACGCGUCCAAGCUGCCCAAAGGCCUCGAUGAAAUCCAGUGCUCCCUGCCCCCCGAGAACAGGAGGGUGUUCCUGCGCCAGCUGUCGGAGGCCAGCUUCAGCGAGUGCAAGUUCAGCCUCUCGCUCACAGACCUGUUCAUCAUCAUCUUCUCGGGCGUGGCCGUGUCCAUCGCCGCCAUCAUCUCCAGCUUCGUCCUGGCCACCGUGGUGCAGUGCUUCCAGAGGUGCACCCCCAGCAAGGACGCCGAGGAGGAAGAUGAGGAUGAGGACGACUGAGCCCACGCUGGUGGCUCCCGUCCGAGGAGAGAGGGAGAUGCUGAGACCCACGCGGUCAGUGCCCUGAGCCGCCCAGAGUGGACCCUGGGACGCACCGGGUGGGACCUCCGACCUCAGAGUGUAUAAUCCUUAGCUCAAGGAGCUCAGGAAGGCUUCCUGGAGGAGGGGCUGCGGCCCAGUGUGGGGUGCGUGGGGAGAUGAUGGAGUCAAGCUUCACAGCUGCCGGCGGGAAACCAGACUCGCAGCGCUCGCCCACAACGAUGACUUUGUGACAUCCACGUCUCUGGCCUGGCCUGGGCCACCAGGUCACACCUCCUUCCUCCCAGGAGGCGGCCGCUCAGACAGUAGGGGUUGGGGUUCAGGUCUCUCUCCCACGUUUGGCUAACAUGGCACCCAGGAGUAAGCCAAGAGCUGGCGGGAGGGUGGUGGUGGUUCCAUUCUGGUUGGGAAAACCUUUGUGGACAGAAAACAAACCUCGAUUCUUACCCCCGAGGCAGCGGCCCUCGAAGGAAGGACAUUUGCUUUGAAUAGCCCCAUGGGCUCUGCUCAGAGUCACUUCCCUCUGGCGUUUCUCUCCCCAUCCCCAGACCCUGUCCCUGAGCUGCUCCCCAGCCGUCCCCUCUGCUGGCUCUGUUCCAGACUCGCCAGCUCCAGAAUUUGCGCUGAAACCUUCCUGGAGGCCAGGCUUCUAGAAAGCAGGAGGCAUCGGACCCACAAAAUGGUAAAAUGAUGAAACAAAUGAACUGGGACUCGGCCUCUGCAAACCUCCCCUGCGGCCUCAGCGUGUGUGUGUGUGUGUGUGUGUGUGUGUGUGUGUGUGAGAGACGUGGUUGUGGAGCUGAGACCGUGGCAGGCAGUGGUUUCCAGCGUGUGGGAUGCAGCCCGUUGGUUCUGAGACAGUACGGCACCAGCAGGGUCAUGGGCCCAGCGGGGUGAUGUGAGGCGACACACGUGAGCAGCACUGGGCCCUGUGGGGCUUGACAGAUGG